AUGGUGACCACAAGAAACACUAACACCGAGGAUCAGACAGAGAUGUUGAGGUUGAUGGAGCAGAGGAUGAUGGAGAUGCAGCGAAAGCACGAAGAGGAGAUGGCUGCGAUGAGGGCUGAAUGUUUGGCCCAAAUCGCGAAGAGUAAGAACGGGGGAAACGGAGGCGAGCAAGGUGAGGGAGCAGGAGAGAAGCGGAUACCAUUGGAGGGGGAAAACAGUAGUGCUCACGCAGACGGAAGAGAGGAGAGGGGAAACAAAGAUAGCCAAUCACUGGUUAAGGUGAAGGAGUCAACCACUAUGGUGCCGUUCGUGCGGGAAAUUAUGGAAGUAAACAUAUCGGAGCAGUUUGUACCGCCUCGAUUCAAGAUGUACGACGGGACGUCCGACCCGACCGCCCACGUUAAGUCAUUCAUCAACGCCAUGACCUUCCGCACCGGGUGUGACGCCAUUUGGUGUAGGGCGUUCUCUCUGUCCCUGGAAGGAGAAGCUUUAGAAUGGUUUAACUCGUUACCGGUUAAUUCCAUUGAGAACUUCAAGAGUUUGGGAGAAAUGUUCAAAAGACAAUUUGCCGCGAGCAAUAUGGAGGAGGUGACGGUGGUAGACCUGAUGAAUCUGAAGCAGGGUAAGGAAGAAUCUCUGAAGUCUUUCAUGGAUCGGUAUCAGAAAACAGUCCGUAGAGUAAGGGGCCUGAGUUUAGAACUAGCCCUCCAGUAUGUAAUGCCUGCAUUGAGACCAGGCCCUUAUAAAGACAGUGUGUGCCGGAAUCCCCCCAGUACAAUGGAGGAAUUGAGGAAACGGGCGGCCGAUGAGGCUCGGGUGGAGAAUAUGAAACAAAAUUACCGACGAGAACAACAGGAGGCUAAGGCCGAGAAGGGGGACAGUAGAAAAGGUGAAGGCCAAGGAAGCAAACCGAACGGACCUAGACUCAGAGAAGGGCCGAGGGGCCCCAGAUUCCCGCAUUACACUCCUCUCAACGCCCCCAGAGCCCGGAUACUGCAAGAGGCGCUGAGCACCCAAGUCUUAUCAACACCUCAGAAGCGGCCCACGCCUCCAGGGGCGGACCUGAGUAAGCGAUGCCUAUAUCACCAAAACUCCGGACAUGAUACGGAGGAUUGCGUGAUGUUGAAAGACAAGAUUGAGGAGCUCAUCCGAAUAGGGCAGCUGCAGCAAUAUGUUAGAAGAGAAGACGUCCACCGAACGGAGGGACCGUCCAGAAGAGAACACUCUUAUACGAGACCGGUUAGUCCGACCAGAAACAUCAGAAGGGAAACGAACUACCGGACAUAUGAUCGUCCGCCUAGAGAUCAGGGGAGGCGGACGGACAGAAGAGACAGGAGCCGCAGUAGGGACGCCUCGAGAGGACCUUUGAGAGGAACGAUAAACACCAUCUCCGGAGGCUUUGCCGGAGGGGGGUCCACCUCGUCCGCCAGGAAAAGGAGUAUCAGGGCGCUGAGAUCCAUACAUGCUGUUGACGUCCGAAGGAGAUCGAUGCCACCUAUCACCUUCUCNGANGAGGAUUUUCANNCCCCNGACCCCGAUCAGGAUGACCCAAUGGUCAUCAACAUUGAGAUAGCCCGUUACGGAGUGAAUAGGGUAUUGGUGGACCAGGGCAGCUCGGUCAACAUACUGUACUGGAGGACUUUCCUCCAAAUGGACAUAUCGAAGGACCUCAUCGUUCCUUAUGACGAACAGAUUGUGGGAUUCGCCGGAGAGCAAGUAGACACAAAGGGCUAUAUCGACCUUAACACCCGCCUGGGGACGAGGCGGGAGAGCGAGGAGAUGAAGGUAAGAUUCAUACUAGUGGAUGCAAGUACCGCUUACAAUGUUUUGUUGGGACGACCAUGUCUUAAUGCGUUUGGGGCGAUUGUCUCCACUCCCCACUUGACAAUGAAGUAUCCCACCCGAAGGGGGACUAUUUGCACAGUAAGAGCCAAUCAGAAAAUGGCCAGGGAAUGCUACGCGGCCGGUUUACGCAUAUACCCGAAGGAAGAGAAGCGAAAGGUAAGCCGGUCCGAAGUCGCUUUGGCCGACCUCGACCCGCGAACUAAUAUAGACGAUCGGCUGGAACCGGUGGGGGAAACCCAGCCUAUAUUGGUAGGGACUAAGGCCGACCAAACCACCACUAUAGCAAGGGGAUUACCGGAGGUGAUUGAGAAGGAGCUGCGGAAUAUGUUGUGGAACAACCGAGACUUGUUCGCCUGGACGGCAGCAGAUAUGCCGGGAAUACAUCCGUCUGUGAUGUCUCAUAAGUUAUCGUUAUACAAGGACGCCCGUCCAAUCUCCCAGAAGAAACGAAAGAUGGGAGACGAGAAGAGGAAGGCAGUUGAGGAAGAAGUGCGAAAACUAAAGGAGGCAGGGUUUAUCAAGGAAGUGACGUACACAAUGUGGUUAGCCAACGUAGUAAUGGUGAAAAAGGCGAACGGGAAGUGGCGGAUGUGUACAGAUUACACGGAUUUGAACAAGGCGUGCCCAAAGGAUUCUUACCCUUUGCCGAGCAUAGACGCUCUAGUGGACAGCGCUUCCGGACACAAGAUACUCAGUUUCUUGGAUGCUUACUCCGGAUACAAUCAAAUCCUAAUGCAUUCCCCUGAUCGAGAGAAGACCGCCUUCAUGUCGGACCGGGCCAAUUAUUGUUACGAGGUAAUGCCGUUCGGAUUGAAGAAUGCGGGGGCCACCUACCAGAGGCUGAUGGAUAGGGUCUUCGCCAAACAGAUUGGGCGUUGCAUGGACGUAUACAUCGACGACAUGGUGGUCCGGUCGCCCGAUGAGCAGAGCCACUUGCGUGACUUGGAGGAAGUCUUUGGCGAAGUUCGGAGGUACGGGAUGAGGUUGAAUCCGGCGAAGUGCACUUUUGGGGUAUCCGAAGGAAAAUUUCUUGGCUUCAUGCUGACAUCCCGGGGAAUUGAGGCUAAUCCAGACAAAUGCGAGGCCAUCUUGAAAAUGCCGAGCCCGACGACCUUGAAAGAUAUCCAAAGGUUAGUCGGACGUCUCACGGCUUUGUCCCGAUUCAUCCCGAAAUUGGCCGAGCGGGCAAGGCCAAUCAUGAAGAAAAUGAAGAAAGAUGCUCUUAGCAAAUAG